GUCCCAUUAAGUUAAUGCAAGAUAUUGAGUGGAAAGUCCCAAGAGGUUAAAAAUAUGGUGGGGUUUAGUGUUCAUGAGCAUGAGUUCUGAGUGUAUGCUUUUGUUAAUAUAGACAUUUGAACAUGGUAGAGUUGUAUUGCCUGUGUUGGAAUUCCAGCUCUGUCAUUUACUAGUUGUGUGACCGUGGACAAGUUUCUUUGUUUGGAAAAUGGGAAUUUUCUAUCUCAUAGUGUUGUUUUGAGGAUUGUAUGAGUUAAUGUAAGUACUUAUUAAGUAAAAAUAGUGCCUUUAUGAGACUUAUCUAUAUAUUUAAUUUAAUACAUAACUCUUCUAAUGCCUAGUUACUGUUUCCUCUCCCCCUCCAAUGAUUACUAUUAUCCCGUAAUUAAACCUUUACCAUAUAUUCAGUUGAACCAGUCCUCUCUAAACAUGUUUUGUUAAAAUAGAAACUUUUUCAUUAGGUUUGUAAAUCUGUGUUAAUCACUUGGUAAAGUAUAUUUUAAAUGUCUCUAUCUUAUGAAUUUUAUUUUAGCUGUUAAACGUUUAAUGAAAGAAGCGGCAGAAUUGAAAGAUCCAACAGAUCAUUAUCAUGCACAACCUUUAGAGGAUAAUCUUUUUGAAUGGCACUUCACAGUUAGAGGGCCCCCAGAUUCUGAUUUUGAUGGAGGAGUUUAUCAUGGACGAAUUGUACUACCACCAGAGUAUCCCAUGAAACCACCAAGCAUUAUUCUUCUAACGGCUAAUGGACGAUUUGAAGUAGGCAAGAAAAUCUGUUUGAGCAUCUCAGGACAUCAUCCUGAAACUUGGCAGCCUUCAUGGAGUAUAAGAACAGCAUUAUUAGCCAUCAUUGGGUUUAUGCCAACAAAAGGAGAGGGAGCCAUAGGUUCUCUAGAUUACACACCUGAAGAAAGAAGAGCACUUGCCAAAAAAUCACAAGAUUUCUGUUGUGAGGGAUGUGGCUGCACCAUGAAGGAUGUCCUUUUGCCUUUAAAAUCUGGAAGCAAUUCAAGCAAGGCUGACCAAGAAGCCAAGGAACUGGCUAGACAAAUCAGUUUUAAGGCAGAAGUCAAUUCAUCUGGAAAGACUAUUGCUGAGUCGGAUUUAAACCACCCCUUUUCACUAAAUGAUUUACAGGACAAUAUACCUACAACAUUCCAGGGUGCUACGGCCAGUACAUCGUAUGCUGUGCAGAACCCCUCAGGACCACCCCUUCAACAGCCUGUCCAACCUGUAGCUAAGAACACCUCCAUGAGUCCUCGACAGCGCAGGGCCCAGCAGCAGAGUCAAAGACGGUCGUCUGCCUCACCAGAAGUGAUCCAGGGCCAGCAGCCAAGAGACAACCACACUGAUCAUGGCGGAUCUGCUGUACUCAUCGUCAUCUUGACUUUGGCACUGGCAGCGCUAAUAUUCCGACGAAUAUAUCUGGCCAAUGAGUACAUAUUUGACUUUGAGUUAUAAUGCUAUUUGGUGUCUUAAGAGCUGUGACUCAACUGCUUCAUUAAACAUUCUUCAUUGGGUAUAAUCUAAGAAUUGUUUACAAAAAAUUUAUUUUGUAUUUACCCUUCAUUCCUUUUUUGAUCCUUAUAAAUUCAGUAUAAAUAUAGCUAGACAUUCAGACUGUGUGUCCUGCUUAGUUUAAGGGACUAGAAGUCAAGUCCCUUGUCUCACUGUAUUACCUGCUUUACAGGGAAAUAAUUUAUUAUUUCUCAUGCCUCAGUUUCUUUUUAUGUAAAUUUGUGAUAGUUUUCUGUAUAACUCUUAAAUUUUUGGAUAAAAGAUGAUGUUUUAAGUUCCAAUGAGUAUUAGUAGUUACUCAAUAUCAUUUAUUGAGUACUCUGUUUCUACUUAUGUAGAAUGAUAUAGGGAUAAGAGUUGAAGAGGCAAAGUAAAAACCCUCCAAUAACUUACUUAAAAUGCCAUUCAUGGGGAACAUGUUGGGAUUACCCAUUCUGUGACAUGCUUUAUGUCCUAAACAUUUUCAGUGAAACUUACUAUUUGUCAAACAUUUAUGAAGAAAUAAGGUUACAUCUUGGUUACUCGAUGUUACUUGAAGAGGGAAUAUGCCUUGUAACCGCUUUGAUAUGCUAUUAACCAUUCUCUGCAAAGAGCACAUGAGAUUUAAAAAGAAAAAGAGGAAACAGUCCUCCAUAGAUCUUUGUUUUAAGGAAGGAAGGGUUCAAGCCAGGAAAUCACUUCAUUUUAUUCCAGAAGUUAAGUGGGAAUAUCUUAAGAUUUGAAUGUUUAGUCUGCUUUGAAUUGUAUAUCUUUUGAGAUGUAUAUAUGCCUCGCUUUGUAAUCACUAUAAAUUUAAUUAUUCUGGAAUAUGCAUAAUGUUGAACUAUUUCUUGUACCAUAUUAAUAGAAAAGCUCAGGGCCCAAGAGAUAGUAAUAGAAAUUAGAAAAACCUUUACAUGGAAUUGUCCACCUAACCAAAGCCCAAGAAAUAAUUUUCAGUGCAAAAUCAAUAUAUAACAUAGUGCUAGCUAGCUCCACAGACUCUAGUAGAUAAAUCCACCAUCAUAAUACCUAGUGAGAACAUAUAAUCAUAGAGAAACUUUGCCUUCAGUAUGUUCAGUAGCAACAUUGAAGGCACUCUUGAGAGUAUUAUUAGUAAAGACUUAAUUUUUAAAUUCAGGCAGCCCCCAGCUUUCAAAUAGGUUACACUCUAAAGGUGCAUUUGUAAACUAGUUUUUUUUACAACUCAAUGUUGUAAAUGGUGUUUAAGUUCUAGACCAGUCCACAAAAGUUAGUCCAUAAUGUAUCUUGAAUAUUUGGGGGGAUGGUAUCCAUAAAGUCCUUACACGGUUUUAACUAACUGAAAUUAUGGGCAAGAUAGAAACAAUUUGUGAAAUGAUUUUAAAGGCAAAUUUAAUUUUUACUCCUGCUAUGGGACUUUAGUUCGUUUAACUGUCACACAAUUUCUGUCUCUCUCAUAGCCAGUUUUCCUUUAUGUCUGCAUUUAAAAUAAGAGUAUAUUGUAUACUAUGAUAUAAUGCACAGUUGUCUUAAACUUUAAUAAAUGAGCAUUGUAAAAGUGUUUACAGAUUGUUUCUGUAAUAUCUGCAGCUGAAGGUGGUAAAGUCUAUAAAGCCCAAGGACUUUAUGAAGACCUCGUAUGUUAGGAAAAUUAUAGGUUACCAUUUUAUGACUUUAUUACCAUAAGAAAAUGCAUUUCUGAAGUCUUGGUUUAGAACAUAAGAUAUUAGAAAUAUUGGUUCAGUCAUCAGUGGUCUCCUAAUGAGAGGUCACUGACCCUGGAAGGUGCCGGAGAAGAAAUCCCUGUGCUCUCAGGCUAUGCAGAGAUUAAUCUUGUGCUAGGAACAGUCUUCCCUCGUUUCCUCUCAGCCACACCUGAGCCAGCCUCUGGAGCUAUGUGAUCUUGUUGCAUGUUUCCACGGGAUGUGCCUAUACUUUCAAAUUGAUUAAGCCAAGAAGAUUUUACAUUGUACAGAUCCUUUUCUAUCCGCUUAGCCUCUCUUCCCUCACCUGUCAACUGACAGACCACCUUCUUUGUUUGUGUUGGGAUUAAUUUUUAGCACCUGAUGUUCAUAUCUGAAAUUGGCAUCUUUUAUGCUCCUUCCCUUUCAGCUCAAGUAAGUUACUUAAAAAUCCUUAAGUUGUCAGUCUGGUCCCCAUUGUGGAGUUCAUGAGCAAAAUCAAUCUUUGGGGCCAUUCUUACUCAUAUCCCCACUUCAUGGGCCUCUUCAGAAAAUUUAUUUUAAAACCCCACUUUAACCCUUUAUGUACAGCAUAAGGUCAAAACCAGAUGUAUGACCUGGCAGGUAAAGGCUUAGGACUCAUUCUUUCCCCAGUCAUCCGAUUUAGGUAACUCUGUGACUUUUUCUUUGGCCAAACAUAGCACAUGCCUACAUACCAAGGUAGUUAAAAUAGCAUGCUUGAAAAGAUAUAUAAUGUCUGUUUCACCUGUAACUGUUUAAGCAAAUGAAACCUUUCAAAUUGUAUGUAUUGUGGGGCUUUUAUGUAGCACUUUACAUUUUCAUGCUGCUUAUUGUUUUUAUUCUACUGAAAUAAAUGAAUUUCAUCAAAA